ACAGUGAAUUGACUAAAUUUAAUGGCGGAUGCUAGCAAAAAGAGGGACAUUGGAUGGAAUUAUGGUACCCAAGGAGCAACGAAAGAUUCGGUUAAUUGUAACUUUUGUGGGAGUACUUUUAAUGGUGGAAUAACCCGACACAAGCAACAUUUAGUGGGUGGUUUCAAGAAUGUUAAACAAUGUACAGCUUGUCCGUCGGCGAUUAGAGAAGAAAUAAGGGCUUAUAUGCAAAAUAAAAUCGCUAAUAAUCCCAAAUUUCAAGUGAGGCAGCCGGAAGAAUAUAUUGAUAUGGAUGAUGUUGAUGAUAUGGAUGAAUAUGCGGAAAUGAUGCCUCCCUCCAAAACUCCAAAGAUAUCUUCUAGUGGAGGUGCAUCAUCCACCGCGCGGAAAGGCCCUAUGAAUCUCUAUUUUCCGCAGAAAUCAACACAAAAAGGAGGCUUUGAAAAAGGAGGAGGAAUUGAUGAAACAAAGAAAAUUCUAAGAGAGCGUGCGGUAAGUGCUUUCGCAAUAUGGAUGUAUGAUGCGGGGCUCCCUUUUAAUUGUGUCAAUCACAAAUCAUUUAAUAAAUUUAUUGAGACAGUAGGACAACAUGGCCCCGGAAUGAAGCCUCCUACAUUCCAUGAAGUUAGAGUUACUCACCUAAAAAAAGAGGUGGAGAAAGUGGAAAAAAUUGUCGAUGAGCAUAAAGUGCAAUGGACAAAGUUUGGAUGUUCCAUUAUGAUGGACAAAUGGACGGCGCGAAAUGGUAAAAUGAUCAUCAAUAUUUUGGUGAAUUCUCCAAUCGGUAGUGUAUUUCUUGGUUCUGUUGAUGCUAGCAAUGAAUCUACCGAUUCCACCAAAAUGUACAAGUUGUUUGAAAGCACUAUUGAAAGAAUUGGAGCGGAAAAUGUUGUACAAAUUGUCACUGAUAAUGCUAGUGAGAAUGUUAAAGCGGGAAGCAUGAUGAUGGGUGCGUACCCACACAUUUAUUGGACUCCAUGUGCCGCUCAUUGCAUCAACUUGAUGUUUGGUGACAUAUUCAAGGUUAAGCCAUAUGCUUCCGUUUUUAAGAAGGCCAUCAGAAUCCAUUCUUACAUUAGUCAAAGGCCAUUGUUGUUAAACUUGAUGAGAAAAUUCACCAAGGAAAGAAAUUUGGUGAAACCGGCCAAGACAAGAUUUGCAACGGCCUUCUUAACUUUGAGAGCUAUGUACAUACAAAGAAAAAACUUGAGAACUUUAGUCCUCUCAACCGAAUGGACUUCAAGUAAAUUUGCAAAGGAAACUUUGGGGAAAGAAGUUGCCAAUCUUAUUAUUUCUGCCCACUUUUGGGAUGAUGUUGUUCGAGCACUUACAGUUUGUGGCCCUUUGACAAAAGUGCUUCGUUUGGUGGAUGGGGAGAAAAAACCACCAAUGGGCUAUAUUUAUGAAGCAAUGGAUAGAGCCAAAGAAACUAUUGAACGGGGUUUUCGUGGAAUUAAGAAGCAAUAUGAGAAAGUGUUUGAAAUUAUUGAUGCAAGGUGGUCAGACCAACUCCAUCGGCCUUUGCAUGCUACAGGCCAUGUUUUGAACCCAGGAUUGUAUUAUAAAGCUCAAGAAGAGGGAACUUUACUACAGAGUCUGUGGACCGAGUAUUAUGCAUGUGUUGAGAAGAUGAUCCCCGAUACAACAAUACAAGAUUUACUAGUCGCUGAGCUUCCUAGGUACAAAAUGGCGAAUGGACUAUUUGGUUGUGGUCCGGCUAAAAGAGCUAGAGACACAAGGUCACCGGUGAAACACCAAACUUGCAAAAGUUUGCCAUGAAAGUAUUAAGCCUAACUUGUAGCUCAUCCGGAUGUGAGCGAAAUUGGAGUGUGUUUGAA